CUCCCACAGAAAAUCUACGCAACUAUCCACGGUUCUUUUUAUUUUAUUCUCUUAACGCCCUCCAUGGAAGCGAUCGAUGAUUAUGCGAAUGAAAAUAUUGCGCGUUCCCUAGCUCAUAUGGCUCUCGAGUACCGACAGCAACACAGUUUUGUGGGUUUGCUACCUAUUGCAUCUCAUUCUCUCCGGCAACGGGUCCACUUUCUCGGGCCCAAAUCGGAGACCGAUGCCAACGAAUGGAAUUCGGUUGUGCAAUGGCAACAAGACGAAUGUCCCGAUAUCAUUGAAACUAUGUGGACGGAUGGGUGUUCCGGGCGGGAUGAUCUGUAUCAGAAUCCUGUGUACUAUAAACGUCUUGACGCCGAAACGUUGCAUGCGGUGGUGGAGUUUGCUUGUCGUGACACGAAGCAUUAUGUUGUGGUGCUGAUCCUGGAAGAAGGCAAUGGCGAUAUUUCUGAGCUUAAAUACCACAAUACCAAGGUGAUUUCUCAAGAAGAAUGGGAUCGUGACAUAUUGACCGAUUGGUCCUUAUCACUGGAGGAAGCCGAGCGUCAAUUUUUGACUAAAGUAACACGAGAAAAACGAAAAAAAGUGCCAGAAACGCCGGAGAUCAACAAGACGGUCAAUGCGCCAGAGGACUAUUGGGGAGACUGGUCGUCGGAUGAAGACGAAGAACGAUCGGGGCGAGGAUCCGGUACAGCGUCCCGUUCGCACGGUGUACGUGAGGAUGGGGCCAAGUCCGAAGCGGACUCGGAAGAUGAAUACUAUGCACGAUGGAGCCAAAAUCCCGGGACAUUGACACCUGGAUUGGAUGAAGAGGUGCCGCCGGCACAACCACGAAGCAAGAUGCCGACGCGGAUACUACAAUCCCAUACCGUGCUUGGGCUGGAUACGGAACAGCAAGAAAUGGAAGAAGAAUAUGAUCAGUCGCACAAUCCGUUAUUUACGGUUCCCAGCGUACCUAACCUCAUGGAUGCUCACACCAAUGCGCUGGCCGAACUCACUCAUAUGCUACAAACAUCGCUGCCGGGCCAACGCGGACGCAUCAAUGGUUUACAACCCAUGUCAGCCAUUAACCCUCUUCCUAAAGCCGCAUUACUACAAGAGCAGGAACUAGAACAUUCGCGACAGUCGCAACCACUGUCAGCAGAUGGAUUCAAGAUGCCAAAAUCUCCAAGGGAUAUACCUGAAGCACCUCAGUCAUACCAUGUUCCCGGAGCGUAUCCUGUAGACGAGCCAGAAGAGGAAACCAACACCACAGCCGAACCAGCAUCUUCAGUCAAGGUGGACGAUGUAGCGUCUGCCGUCAAUGUGUCCUUGUGGGAUCAGCAAAAACGCGAAGCAGGUCGUGUUUUAAUGAUGAAGAGCUUGACUGCUCUCAUUGCUGCGGGAAAAUUAUUGGGCUUUCAAGGAUCCGAGAUUGUUGACAUGGUCCGCGAUAUUGUAAAUGCAUCCUGAGACAUGAUUAAUACCUACUUACCCUUUUCCCAUUCUAUUUCUCUCAUUACACAUGCACAUCCUUAUAAAAUCAAUAUAAUAUACACAUCAAUCGUUGAAGGUAAUGAAGAUGCAUCGAGUCUUUUUUAAUCAUCCUAUAGACUCUCGCAGCAUAAAGGACAAUAAAAAAAAUACUUUAAUGUGUCGAGUCGUAUCUCGAAA